CUGGAGUGGGCUGUCCAGCUCCCGAGGGCCCCAUCCUUUCCCCUCCCUGCUAACUUCACGAGGAAGUUCACCAUGGCCUGCUUUCUUUUCCCUCAGAAAAAAUCUCUAGAGCAAAGAAGUUUUUACUAAACUACAGUAUUUUAACUAAACAAGGAGAUAAGCCAGUCAUUCCAAAGAAAGGGAAAACAAAAAAACCCAUGAUUCAAUUUUCACUCUAUUAACAAGCUGUGUGCUUAUACCCACAGGUGUCACAAGUUUCCAAUCUCAAUUUCCCUUAUAGGGUCUGAUUGUUCUCCUUUAGCUAAUUUUAAGAAAAUGGCAUCUUCUCAUAGCAGUACUCACACUGAAGCAGCAAAAAUGGAACAAGUUAUCACUGAAUUCUUCUAUAAAGGUGUUCUUAUAAUACUUGAAUCGAGGUCUCCUUAUGUGUCAUCACGUAAUUAUAGUGGUGAACAAACUGUUUCAUCUCCAUCUUCAUCCUCAUCGUCUUCGUCAAGUGUGAGACCAAGAGAUAAAUGGUUCAAUUUAGCUCUUAGGGAGUGCCCUUCAGCACUAGAAAGUCUUGAUCUUUGCCGCCAGAGUAAUUUUGAGACAGUAGUGGUUGAUGUAAUAUUGGAGCAGAAGCCACUUGAUUGGGAACCUGUGACUUUUUCCCCCAAGAGGGAUCUUGUGAGGAACUUGUCAUCAAAAGAUAAGAAUUCGUUUUGCUGGAACUUUGACCAAGAAGAAUCGGGCAGUGAGACAAAAAGUGAGAAGAUUAUAGAAAGAUGGUUGGUGCAGCAUGAAAGUAGAAAGGGUAGGGAUUGUAGUUCAGGGAGCAGAAGGUCAAGUAGUAAUAAUUUGAGUACGUUAUAUAAGAAAUCAAUAUUGCUGUUGAGGUCCUUAUAUGUGACUGUUAGGCUUUUACCUGCAUAUAAGAUUUUUCGUGAUCUCAAUUCAUCUGGUCAAAUUCGUGCCAUUAAGCUUGUUCCUAGGGUAUCUUCUUUUGUUGAACCCUUUACUCGUAAAGAAGAGGCAGAAAUGCAGCGAUUUUGGUUUACGCCUGUGGACACUUCUUGUGGAAGGCUUUCCCUUUCGGUUUUGUACCGUUCAUCAAUCUCAGAUAUAAGCUCUGAGUCAUCAACCCCUAUGUCCCCUCAAUUUAUACCAGAUUAUGUUGGAAGCCCAUUGGCAGACCCACUGAGGAGGUUCCCCUCUCUUCCUGUGUCCCACGGCUCUCCAUCAUCGUUGCCAUUCUCAAGAAGACAUAGUUGGAGUUAUGACCAUUACAAGGCUUCACCGCCUUUAGUUUCUUUCUCACCAUCACCGACACAUUCAGAAUCACGUGCUUCGGUUUCUAACCCAAGCUCUCGGUGUUUGCCACCUAUGAGCUUAUCUCCUCAUCCUCCUGAGACAUUACUAGCUCAUAGGAAGAAUACAAACUACGAUGAGUAUUGUCCUUCCCCCAAUUUCUCUGCCUCCCCUUCCCCCUCACCAUCACCUCCCAUUCACAUUCCUGGGAGUCAUCUCUCAAAAGCUCUUUUACGUUCUGAAAGUGCUCCAGUGAACAUACCUGCUCCAAGGCUUGCUACUUCCCCUGCAUUGUCCUGCAAACAAAAUUUGCCACCAUCUCCUCCCCUUAAAGUUACAAAAGCUGGUACUUCUAAGGAUAAUAUCGGUCCAGUUCAAACUGGUGCAACUAUUGAGAAGCUGUUCUCCUUUGGGAAAGAAGACUAUCGGAAAUAUUCUGGAGUGAAGUUAUCUUCCAACAGCUCACCACGAAUUUCAUUUUCCCGAAGUUCUAGUAGGUCUUUACAGGAUGAUUUUGAUGACUCUGAGUUUCCUUGUCCAUUUGAUGUGGAGGAUGAUGAUAUGACGGACCCAGGUAGCAGGCCCGAGUCUUAUGAUAGAAGAGGACAUAUGUCUGAUCCACAUGAGACAGGAUUGUUUAUGAAUAGAAAAUCCCAAGAUGCUGCAGUUGGUGCUCUUGUACGUAUGCUGAAGAAAGCCCCUCUUCGCCAAGACGUUUCAAGUUCAAUUAAUUUUUCAGAAGCCUCCAGGCCAGAAAUGUGGAGCAACAGUGUCCAAGAGCAAAACCAGAUUUUAGAGGCUGUAACUGUUGAACAUGCUACUUCUUCAAGUAUUGCAUCUUCUAGGCUUGUUGCAUCAAAGACAACUUCUGAUGCAUUAGAGGAACUUCGGGGUUACAGAGAGUUGAAAAACUUGUUGCUUAGUGAAGGUGGUAGGUCUUACACAUCUGCCAAUUAUGCUUCUGAAGCUGAACAUUCCAGCAGAGGUUCAUGAGAGUUUUGAACUUGUUCAAUAUUGGUAUAUUUGCACAUAUGUAUAGCUCUAUGGUUUGAGAUUGCUACAUGCUUUUACAGCUGAAGCCAUUUUCCUCGUUAUCUGUAUAUCAAAGGGUAUAUGAUACAGGUAUUUUUGGAUAAGAUUUAUGAGUGAUCUGUUGGCCUAGAAAACAUUGUAAAAAGCACAUUUGGUUUUUUCCUUUAGUCCUACAUAACUGUAUAGAACUUGUGGGCAUGCAGAUAUACAGGCUACAUAUGUACAUGGUAGUACAGCAUCCAGCUCGCUGAUGCUGUUGUGUGUAAUGUUUUCCUUCGUUUUUCCA